GCAAACCACGCGAGGCCAAUUGAAAAAUACAGAGGUCAGUGACCCCACAAACAAUGGCGUGGCUAGUUGACCCCCCAAGUCUCCUUCCUUGAUCAAAAAACACUACUUCUGCACGGCAUGGUCUAGUUGACCCCCAAGUCUCCUUCGUUGAUAAACAAAACACCGUACUUUUGCAUGGCGCAAUCUCUGCUGCGUAGCUAGCUGCCUGAUACAAGUAUGAGUGGUAGAAUUUACCUUCUUAUUGCUUGCCUGCUGCUGUUACCCUACCUUGGUUUUCAGUCCACUCAUGGUAUCUCAAAUAUAAUCCAUCCAGGCCAAUCGGUUAAUGCCUCGAAGACCAUUGUAUCUGAUAAUGGAACGUUCGAACUUUGUUUCUUCUCUCCGGGAAAUUCCACAAAGUAUUAUGUGGGAAUCUGUUACAAGGAAGUUCCUGAUGAUAAGCACAACGUAGUUUGGGUGGCAAACAGAGAGUACCCAUUCCCAAAUGAGAGUCCUGUUCUUACCUUCAAUCAGGAUGGAACACUUGAAUUAUCCGAUCAACACAUGCGGUACAGUGUGGCUGAUACUUCAACUAGCAACGCAUCCUCUGCCAAGCUAUUAGAUAUUGGCAAUCUUAUAAUUCUGGCAAACAAUGACACGGAGGUUUUGUGGCAAAGUUUUGAUUUUCCCACUGACACAAUUUUACCCGGAAUUCUUUCAGCAGAGAAUCCGAAUCUAUUUCACUUAACAUCAUGGAAAAGUACAGAAGACCCUGCUGGUGGCCCUUACAGCCUGACGAUGGAUUUCCUCCGAUUGGAGGACGGUUAUAAAAUAAAUUACUGGAACGAUUCAUUGUUGACUAAGUCUAUCAUGUGGCCUAGUAACCACACUUCCGAUAUUUCAAGAAUGGUGUUAGAUGUAUCCGGGCAGCUUAAACUGCAGUCAUGGUCAGAAGAUGGCCAAAUUUGGGUUCCGUUAAACUCAUCCAGGUGUGGGGUCCGUGGUUUCUGCGGUGCUUUCAGCGUAUGCAACGAGACUGUUGAUGAAUCGUGUAGCUGUUUAACAGGUUUCAAACCCCGUCGAAUUGAUGCUCGGGAUCAAGGAAAUUGGGGCAGUAGAUGCGAGAGGGAAACUGAUUUGAACUGCAGCGUUAACAAUCAUGAUCAUCAGAAAGUCGACUUUAUUCACAUGUAUAAUGUUGAAUGGCCCGAUAAUGGUCUUCCGCAGUUGAAUAUUAACGAAUCUGAGUGCGAGUCAACUUGCUUGAAAAACUGUUCUUGUGUUGCUUAUGCAUAUGAUUGUAAUAAUAAACGUCUGUCACGUCUCUGUAAUUGCACAGUAUGGGUUAGUGAUCUGUCUAAUCUGAAACAACUCUCUUUGAAUGAAGGCAAUGGAAAGGAUUUCAAUCUGAAACGUGCUAUUCGGGAUUUGGGAAAUACCACAGAAUCAAAUCCGAGCACUGGAAAUCGGCCAGUUGCAGGAGAUGAUAAGAAUCCAAAGCCCACUGGAAGUGGAUAUAGCUUUUGGACAAUUGUUAUACUGUCUGCAUCUCUUGCAACACUUAUAUUGGCCCUUGUUGUUUAUUAUGUGAGAGGGGAGCUCUCCAGGAAGGGCCAGGAGAAUUUGCUCCUAUUAGAUUUGGGCAUGAACCUAAAGACUAAUCAUUCAGAUCUUAGAAAAGUCAUGACACGCGGCCAUGGAGAUGGCAGGAAAAGGGACGUCAAAAUGCCUUUAUUCAGUUUUUCGAGUGUUGCUGCUGCAACGGAUAAUUUCUCAGCUGCAUAUAAGCUAGGAGAGGGUGGUUUUGGACCUGUUUACAAGGGAGUAUUGUCUAAAGGGGGCGAGGUAGCUGUGAAAAGGCUUUCAAGAAGAUCUGGGCAAGGCUGGGAGGAGCUAAAAAACGAAGCAAUGCUCAUAGCCGAGCUCCAACACAAGAAUCUAGUUAAACUUUUGGGCUGCUGCAUUGAGCGAGAUGAAAAGAUACUGGUUUAUGAGUAUAUGCCCAAUAAAAGCUUGGAUUUCUUCCUUUUCGAUCCAGAAAAGCGCAGAAUCUUGGAUUGGGGGACACGGGUUCGAAUCAUAGAAGGAGUUGCUCAAGGGAUUCUUUAUCUCCAUCAGUAUUCCAGGUUGAAGAUUGUUCAUAGGGAUCUCAAGGCUAGUAAUAUCUUGUUGGAUAUGGACAUGAAUCCCAAAAUAUCUGAUUUUGGAAUGGCAAGAAUCUUUGGAGGAAACGAGUCAGAAGCAAAUACGAAUAGGAUUGUUGGCACUUACGGUUACAUGUCUCCUGAAUAUGCUCUGGAUGGCCUCUUUUCAAUCAAAUCUGAUGUCUUCAGCUUUGGUGUCUUGUUGUUAGAGAUUGUGAGUGGCCGGAAGAACACUGGUUUUUAUCUGACCAACUCUUUCCAUCUUAUUGGUUAUGCCUGGGACUUAUGGAAGAGUAACAGGGGAUGGGACUUGGUGGAUUCACUACUCAAUGAUAUUAACAUACCCCCUAAGCAUAUGGUAUUGAGAUUUGUGAACGUAGGUCUCCUCUGUGUCCAAGAAAGUGCAGCGGACAGACCUACCAUGUCCGACGUUGUUGCAAUGCUUGGCAAUGAAAGUGUAGUUCUGGAUUAUCCCAAACAACCUGCUUUCUUGAACGUGAGAAUGGUGGUGAGGGCAAAGCCAGUUAAUAGCAUGAUAGAAAUGUGUUCUGUAAAUGAUGUAACGAAUUCAGUGGCUGAAGGUCGGUAACGUUGCAACUUCCACCUAUGACCCUCGGGCUAAAAUAUCCGACUGAAUCAUCGGAUUCCCUAUUGUUCGGAUGGAUACCAUGAAAAUAUAUAGGAAAAAUUUAGUUGGAAAUGAUUCUGCGUACCAAUACGUGUACUCAUCCAAUGUGAUUGAUUAGAAGGUAGACUCUAUUGAAAAUAGUGCCAAUUUAAAUUUUAAAUAUGAAUACAUCAAUAUUAAUAAUUGAUACAUGAAUUUGUUUAUAUGUAACAAAACUCAUAUGUAUAUCAUUAAUUCUAGGAAUUGACACUAUGUUCUUAUA